GCAGGCAGCGCGGCCCCAUUGUGGCUACGCCGGCGCCCCAUUGGCUGGCGGCCGGAGCCGGGCCUCGCUCCCCGCCCGGUGACACAAAGCGAAUCCAAGAUGGCGGAGGCGGGGAGCUUGCACGGAGGGGAUGCGGCGCCGCCGUGCCCGCCUGAGGAGCAGGAGCUGAGCCGGCGCCUCCGCCGCCUCUACCCCGCCGUCAACCAGGAGGAGACGCCGCUGCCGCGGUCCUGGAGCCCCAAGGACAAGUACAACUACAUCGGCCUCUCGCAGGGCAACCUGCGCGUCCACUACAAAGGUCAUGGUAAAAAUCACAAAGAUGCUGCUUCAGUCAGAGCUACGCACCCUAUACCUGCAGCCUGUGGCAUUUACUACUUUGAAGUGAAGAUUGUCAGUAAAGGUAGAGAUGGGUACAUGGGAAUAGGACUUUCUGCUCAAGGGGUGAACAUGAACAGGCUUCCUGGAUGGGAUAAACAUUCUUAUGGGUAUCAUGGUGACGAUGGGCACUCCUUCUGUUCUUCGGGGACGGGACAGCCCUAUGGCCCUACGUUCACCACUGGAGAUGUGAUAGGCUGCUGUGUUAACCUUAUCAACAAUACCUGCUUUUACACAAAAAACGGCCACAGUUUAGGUAUAGCCUUUACAGACCUCCCUUCAAAUCUCUACCCUACAGUGGGUCUCCAGACUCCAGGAGAGAUAGUCGAUGCCAACUUUGGGCAGCAGCCAUUUGUGUUCGACAUUGAGGACUACAUGAGGGAGUGGCGAGCGAAGAUUCAGAGCACCAUUAAGCGGUUUCCCAUAGGAGACAGACUAGGCGAGUGGCAAGCCAUGCUGCAGAAUAUGGUUUCAUCCUAUUUGGUUCAUCAUGGGUACUGUUCAACAGCAACUGCCUUUGCCAGAGUCACAGACACCACAAUCCAGGAAGAACAGACCUCAAUAAAGAAUAGACAAAGAAUACAGAAGCUAGUAUUAGCAGGCAGAGUGGGAGAGGCUAUAGAAGCCACCCAGCAGCUCUAUCCUGGCCUCCUAGAACAUAACCCCAACCUGCUCUUCAUGUUAAAGUGUCGGCAGUUUGUGGAGAUGGUGAAUGGGACAGACAGUGAAGUACGUUGUUUCAGUGCCCGCAGCCCCAGAUCCCAGGACAGUUACCCCGGGUCCCCCAGCUUAAGUCCUAGACAUGGAUCAAGCAACUCACAUGUUCAUAGUACCGGAGCAGAUAGUCCAACCUGUAGCAAUGGAGUCAUGUCCACAAAAAGCAAACAGAGUCACAGUAAAUACCCAACACUGAGUUCGUCAUCUUCAUCUUCCUCCUCCUCCUCCCCCUCAUCUGUGAACUACUCUGAGUCCAAUUCUACAGAUUCUACCAAAUCUCAGCAGCACAGUAGUACAAGUAACCAAGAAACCAGUGACAGCGAGAUGGAAAUGGAGGCUGAGCAUUACCCCAAUGGAGUCCUGGAAAAUUCAUCCACCAGGAUAAUGAAUGGCACCUACAAACAUGAAGAGAUCCUGCAGACGGAUGAAUCCAGCAUGGAAGACAGCUGCCCCCAGAGGCAGCUCUGUGGAGGGAACCAUGCUGCCACGGAGCGAAUGAUCCAGUUUGGACGGGAGCUGCAGGUGCUGAGCGAGCAGCUUUGCAGAGAAUAUGGGAAGAACACAAUGCACAAAAAGAUGCUUCAGGAUGCAUUUAGCUUGUUAGCUUACUCAGACCCUUGGAACUGCCCUGUUGGUCAACAGCUGGACCCGAUCCAGAGGGAACCUGUGUGUGCUGCUCUUAAUAGUGCUAUAUUGGAAUCUCAGAACCUGCCAAAGCAGCCCCCGCUGAUGCUUGCCCUGGGCCAGGCCUCGGAGUGUUUGCGGCUCAUGGCUCACGUGGGCUUGGGCUCCUGCUCCUUUGCCAGAGUAGACGACUAUUUGCACUAGCCACCAGAGCAAGAUGGAGUUGACAUCGUUGAGUGGUGCCCUUCACCCUCCGUUGCUGCCACUCUACACCACCACCUUGUUCGAUAGCCUGACCUCCCUGCCACCAACACCCCUUCUAGCACACAAACACACACUGCCUGUGAAAGGAUUGAGUGGGUCCCUCACUGUGUGGCUAUUCCUGACCCCAGGAACAACUGGCAGAUCUUACCUGUUUCCCUGCCAUUGCUGCGGCUCCAGCGGCACUCAGUAUUUCACUGGUUAUUCUAAUGUAGCGCCUUCCGAUGUAGGGAUUUUUCUUUAUUUUGAUUUGAGUUGUUUCGUAUGGAUCCACCAGUAUUUUAUCUGGAGAGUUUUGCUGAGCUGGUUUCUGCUGAUUUACUGAGGAAGCUCAUCAAGUUGGUGACAGCUUGUUCUUUUCUUCCCUUCUCCCUCCAUCGUGCACAUACAGCAUCACCAUCUGUGCUAGUUAUCUGAACUCUUCUCGCAGUGGCAGUUCAGAGGGAUUUUUAAAUUUUAUUUGAAUCCUGUUUAUUAAAAAGGUCUCUUCCACCUCCACAAGUCAUUGAUGUAUUUAUUGCCCACAGACUCAAUCCCAGCCAUGCACAUCAUACAACCCCGCAGGAGACCUGGUGAGGUAGGUCCUGUCACACACUAAUGAUGGGAGUUAGAGGAGCUUGGUCCUUCAUGGUACAUGUCCCUCUAAGAGCACAAGGCUCUCAAAUGCUUGUCUUUGUGAAUGGGAAGAGUAGAAAACCUGACAUUACCUACAUUAGUGGCUGCACUGUAGAAGCAUCUCACAGCCCUGAGAAACAGGUAAAUCCAGCUCUCACAGCAGCUAGAGGGACAGGACUAAUGAAUAUGAAGUCAUCUACCGCUGUAGUGGUAGAAGCAGGUCACGUUAGCCUGCAAGAAACAUCAUUGGGUGCUGCUUGGUUGGGCUGUCAAGUUUUUGUGUUAAACCACAAAUCCCCCUUUUUCUCCAUGUAGGAGGGCUCUGUCACUAAGAUUCAGUAAUAACAGUAUUUACUGCCCCUCCACAUAACACUGAUCUAAAUUUUGAAAGUGUCUUGAGAACACUAGUAUGAACUGUGCUCACCCUUGCAGGUUUCAUAUGCCAAGAUCAGGUUGCGGAUUAGGGUCAGUACUAGCUUUUUAAGGUCUGAGCCGGUCAGAAGGGAGCAGCAAUGUUUCUUUAAGGAUUACUAAGAAAAUUAUUCCAGUUUCAGGUCCAAAAGCAACCAGCAAGGAUCUGUGAGUGAGUAACCUCCAAGUAAGAUGGACUAAUGUGUCACUGCUGCAGUAUGUAUCAGGCCCAGGGACUCAAGUGCUGCUAAGCUUUUGGCAAUCAAACCAUCUGCCUGUAAGUGUUUCUGAGCAUAUACUUUGCAUUGUUGAGGCCGCGUAGCAGGACUGCAUGCUUUGCAUCCUCUGGUGUACCAUUAGGAGACUCCACAUUUAAUCUGGCUGCACGGUAGGAAUUGUAAUUCUGCACCAAAUGAAUUUUGGGUUAGUAGCUGUGAGGAGGUCCCAGGGGAGCUCAGACCCAACAUGUAUUUUAUUUUACUACUGUUCUUGAAUUUUUUUGUUUGUUUGUUUGGAAGGCUCAAUGAAAGAUGAACGCAUUGUGUUGAAGUUUGCCCUUAAAAUGGAGGUUAGCCUGUGCCAGGGCUUCAAACAGCAAGAGAGCUUGUGUGCCACUGAAGAAAGGAAGGUGAUGUGUGACAUCUGUGCAGUAGCCUAGAGCUUUAAGGAUUUGAUGCGUUUGCAGUCUUGAUCUGCAGCUGGAACACAAGGUCUGAAAUCAAGGCAGAGCAGAGGGGCAGGUGUCCCCUGCACUGCAGAAGACUGUGGCAGUGAAUGUGCCGAUGGUGUUGGAGGUGAUUGGGAAUGCCUAUUGCUACCUUUCGGUGAAGGUUUUGAAGCAGUGCUAGAGCUGUGGUGGUCUACAAAACAGGCAACACAAGGUUUAGAGAUGGAGGGGAUACUUUUUUUAGAUCAAAUCAUACAGUUGAAAAAAAGCAGAUGGAGCUCUGCAUACCAAAGCCUUUCUUCUGGGCAGACAGAAGCAGAGGCCUACGUUAAGCAGAAGAAUUUAACUUACCAAUCUGGGGCUUCUGUUUUAAUUCUGGGGAACAGCUCAUGUGCCUGAAAGCUCAUCUAUUGACUUUCAACUCUUCUUAUUGUCCUAAUGAUGGAUAUUACCCCCAGCCUGCUGUCCUUAUCUCACUGAGAUGCUUUUAACUCAGUGGGCAAGCUUCCUUUCUGGAGCCUCUAAUGCUGGACAUUACCCGGCCUAACUCAUUGUGCCCUAGUGCUGUUGGUGAGCCUGAGGCAUCAUAUGAACUUGCCCUGGUGAGAGAUUCAGCUGCAGACUCUCCAUUUCUUACACCCAGGAUUAGGGCACACUGUGGGCUGAUUGUGGGUACUUAAGUUGGAAAUACUCUAGUACCAGGCUUUGCCUUUCACAUUUGGUGACUUCCGCUGCUGUUGGUCACCAUUUAGCUUGCUCCUAUCUGGCUGCAGUCUGACCUGUCUUUCAUCUUUGUAGCAACACCAUCUGUAUCUCUUUCUGAGUUUUCCUUGUUCCUUCUCUUAGUGGUUCAUUUAAGCCAAGUCUCUUUGUUGUGUGUCAUAUUAAUGCCCCACUUGGUCUCUCUGCAAAGCUGCGCUGACCAUCCUAGGGCAUUGUCUUUGUUUUGGUUUCCCUUUCACUACAAAAAAAAUCCAAGAGAUGCUCGUAGAUACCUAGUUAUUCUGGUGCCAAGAAAUGUGUGAUGGGUUGGUCUCUCUGGCUUCUCACAGAGACCAUCUCUGUGGUAGAAACCAUUGUGCUGUUGUGUCAAGGUUAGUGCUGAGAGGCCACACUCUUAACAAUAAUUAAUUGCAUGUAGCAGGGCUGACAUGUGCAUCACCUAGUGGCAGUAGAUCCCUGUAGACUAGACAGUAGUGAUGCUUUCCACUUCUUGCACUUGCCAGUUCUUGCACCUGGUGUCCCAAUUAUGGUUUUUUGGGAGUGCAAAGGCUUUUCUGCUGUAACAUACCUGUCCUUUGGGGUUUUUUUGUUUCAAGUGUUCUUGUGGUUUCACUAGUGGUUUCUGCUUGUUGUGCUCAGAUUCUGACUACUGUGGUCAUGACUCUGUGUGGAGAAGAGAAAUGUGUUUAUGGUGUGUGGUGGAGGUAUAGGCUUCAACCUACCGCUGAUUCCUAGAUAAGAUUUCUGACUUGGUUUUCCCAGGUUAUUUUUCAAAGCCUCUUGGUCCUGGGUCCUACUUGAUGGUUCAUGUCAGCUGAGACUUGGUUUGAAUUGUUGUGGUCAUUUAAAAAAAUGAACAGAACUAAAGUGAACUCAGGUCUUCUUUAACUUGGAAUGUGGUUGUACACCUAACCAGAGGCUCUGUGCAGUUUAAAAAUUACUUUUAUAGAAGUGUUUUGGAAUUUGUUAUUCUAAGCGCCUCAUGCUUUGCUCGGAAGCAGAUGAGCUAAGAACACCACAGCUAAGAACACUCUGCUUCACCUGGACAGUCCUUCACAGUGUCACUUCUUCCAAGAGCUCUUCAGUAAAGCCAUGUAAACAAUUGUGUAGUCCAUAAUAGAAAACUGCUGGCUUCCCAUUUCUUGAUGAGGGUGACAAGGUCUCAGCUAUGGCCCUGCAUUAUAAUGCUGACAGCAUUGGAUAUAGGACUUCCAUCAAAUGAGGUUGACACAUAGGUUGCUCUCUGCUGGGCUGACUUCAGAUCCUAGGAGGUUUUCCAAACCACAGCCAGACAGUGCUCACAGGUAACACUUCUCACCAUGCAGCCCCAAGAGAGGCUUUCUAGCCGUGGCGUCUUUCUCAGGACCUGUGAAAUGCUGCAGUUGUAACAACUAAACCUCUUCCAGCUCUGCCAUGUCUACACAAUCAUAGGGUCUCAGCUCUCAACUGAUCAGUCCAGUGUCACCACCAGAGAGCUGUAAUAAGCGCAGUGGGAGGCACCCUCCAGCUGUGGGCUCUGGACACCAACCACUCUACCUGGCUUCCUCAGACUCAGCAUUGCAGCAAGGGCCUCUCAGAAGGAUAACAUUUCACAGGGACCUGGUGGAAAUGUGCUUGUGGCAAACUGCAGCCCUGCACUUCAUGGGCUUGGGUUUUGAGCCCGGUGCUCUGCUGGUUAACGUUUUGGGAACUCCAGACCUAGAGCCUUGGUUAAAGUGUCCUUCAGUGGUUCUGCAGACAGAGCUUCAUGGAGCUAAAUUCCAUCACCAGGCUUUUCUCACCAUGGACAAAGGGUUUGUGCUGUCCCCACACGCAGUGAGAGCAGUCACAUCAACAGUAACGUGGGAGAACUUUGGAGUGAGGUGAGGGAUCAGUUCAGGAGUUGGAGGCAUUGGAGUAGCUGGGAUAAGUGUUUCUGGGAGGUGUAUCCACCUCAUAUACCUUGCACUUCAGCCUCUGACCAGCUCAGUGGCCUCUGCUGGAUGCAUUCCAGUUUGUGGACAUCUCUCCUGUACCAGGGGAGCCAAAUCUUGUUCCUCUUGGUUCGUCUUGUUCCUUUUGGAACCAUCUUGUUCCAGAUGAUCCCCCUUGCUGCUCUGUGAUCCUAUACUAGUGAGUGUUUAACAAAAGCUGAUUCAAAACUUACAGGGUUGAAUGAGCUCUCAGUCAAGGUCACCUGUGAGUGUGGAGGGCAGCAGUCUAUUUCCCAUGCAUCCUUAGAUGGGCUCUCAGAGCCAGCUUGUCUUGGGAAGACGUCUCACUGCUACCAGGUCUCCCUUCUUGCUCCUUUGCCUCCCACAAUCCCAGUAUUCUCCCACCUUUGUGACCACCAGAAGUGGUAUCUGCAGUGUUUGGUGCUGCAGGAGCUGCUUUGGGACCAGAGUCAGCUCUGUGGCCCAUGCCAGCUACGAGCAUGGACGUAGCAACUCCAACAGCUCUUCCUGGGCUUGCUUCUGCUGCACUGGCCUAAAGGGGCAGGUCUAUGCAGGAUGUUCCCUUUUUGUCACCAUACAGGAUCCCAUCAGCCUGCAGCUGGGCUGGCUGUAGCACUUCUGCCGUUCUUUUGGAGUCUGGCUAGAAAUUAAGCCUUUGCAUGCAGUGAGCAGAAUGGAGAGGGACCUCCAGAGUGCAGCACUGGGUGUGCAGCAUCCAGCUGUUGAGGGAGGUUGUCCAGUGGCUGCUCUUCCUCCCCUCCAGCCCCCCAUGUGUACCAGAACUAUAGCUCAUUGCUUUGGUGCUAGAGCCUGUUUCUAUUUCCAACAUCCUGGUGGUCCUUGCCGUGCUGCUGCCAGCCUGGUUCGGACACCAGGAGAUGCAGCUGUGACUGGUGUGGAGAACAGGCCCUUUUGGGAGUAUUGCUCCUUGUGGCUGUGUACACCUAGGGUUUUCCCAUCUGCUUCCUUAUUCCUUCUGGUUUUUUACAGUGACAUCUCUGCCUGUUCUCAAGCUGGGUCCCUAUUUUUCACGUAGUCUUAUUAAGGCAUCUUACCAUUUUUAAAAUGACUGUUCUUGAGGCUCCCUUGAACAACUGGAACAAACAGAGCUGAUGUAACUAUCUCCGGGGAUUGAAUUUGUUUUCCUCCUCAGGCAUCAGGCACGAUGAACUGUCUCCAGCAAAGCAAACCUUGUGGGAUUGUUGUGGUGCUGCUUUUGCGCUUUGGCACCUUAAUACUCACAUAGCAUGUGUUGCUUAGGUGCAAGUUUCAGAGUUCCUUCUGCUGUCAAGGGAUUGACUGAGAAGGUGAACUGUGAUAGCCAGGCUACCUAACAGUGUGUAAAUGCUGUGAAGCUACAUGGUGCACAACACCAUGGGAAGUUCUUGGGGAAGUUUUUUCCAUGAAGAAGCAGUGUGCAGUCUUUUAACUGCUGCACGGGGCAGCAAGCAGAGAGGUCCAUCACGCUUCAGUCCUGGGUGCAGUGAGGUCCCAUGGAUCUGGUCACAGCAUGAGAGAAGGAACAUGUUCCUUGGAAAGGUGGUCCUGGUCCACCCUGGAGCCCCCUUUGCAGAAGGAGCAACUUCCUUCAAAGCCUGCCCAUGUUAGAGCAGCCUGAGUGGUGGAUCCAGAGGGCAGUAGAUCUCUUGUAGAGAGCUGGUGUUGGGACACCAGCUGUACAUCUCUGUCCCUAGAUGUUUCUGCAAAAGGGCUGGUGGGGGGACAUGAUGGGGAACAUGUGAUGUGUGCUGCUGGGACCCUUCUGCCCCAGAAGAAUGAGUGAUGGAGGGAGCUGCAGUGCAGCAGCUCUUACUCAGAGCCAAAAGCUUGCUCUGAGCCAUGUCCCAUCUGCUGUGUAGAUCAGAGAGCUGGAGGAAGUGUUGGUGGAGUGUGUGGGAGGGAGCUACAGCGGAUCUGGGGAGGAAACGGAAGUGGUUGAGACCCUGGAGGCCUCUUCCAGAGGAAGGACUAGCUGCUCUCCACCAUCCUUCCCUGCAACAAGAGGUGGCAGGUGAUGGAUGAGUGAAUGUGGCAUGUCUGUCCCUCUCCCUGCAUCCCACACCAGAGCUCAGAGCCUGCAGCCUUGAGCUGUAGCAGUGCCUGGCAAUCUGAGGGUUCAUCCAGGCUUGAGGAGCAUGUGUCCUGUCAGCUCUUUUAUUUCCAAGAGGGAGGCUUAACUCUCUCCUGCUUGCAAGAAGCUGAGUCCUGUGUAGGAUUUGCACUCAAAUCGCCACAGAAACAUUCCUGGAGGCCAUGCAGACCUCUGCGCCUUUUCUGUGGUCACUCCACUUGCGUCCAGGCAUGUGCUCUGACCCCUUUGGUCAGUAGGGCUAUAGCUGCAUCUUUCCCCCGGGAGGGAGCACAGGGGAUUUUUGCAGACUGGACUUCUCACAAGUUCAAACUUGGAGAAAGGAGAAGGAGCAGCAGCUCUGGGGAUAAUCAGGAUUUUAAAGAAAAUUUAAAAAAUGCAAGUGUGGUGACUCUUCCAGACCAAGGACUCUGCACAGGCAUUUCAUUGGGAUUGUCUCUCUCGGUCCUACCUGUGCACGCUCUUCAUGGCUCUCCAGCCAGGAGAGGCAGGAGGAGGCUGCCGGCACCUGAAGCUCUUGCACACAACCUGCUCGGCGGUGCAAGCCCCACAACCUGCCCACCACGCAGUUAACUCUCUUCUGCUGGUUGCUCAAAACUCAGGUAUGAAAUGCUCAGCUGGAGCAUGGGGUGUGAGGUCUUUGCAGGUUUCCAGCCAGCCCUGGAGGAAUGGCCACCGUUGGGCUGUGACAGAGCAGAUCUCCCUCUGCCACUCCAGACUCCUCAUCGCCUUUGGAGGGAGGGUUUUCUCCUCUUUGGUACAACGUUGGCUAAAUGGACAUUACACAAUUGUGCACAUUGGUUCAGUCUAAGCUUAGUAUUUGUGAAUUAAGUUAUCUGAUGCUUCGCAUGAAAACUUCAAAAAGGGGAGGGAGGGGGAUUUUAACUGAGAAAAAGCCUAUGAAAAUAUACUGAAAAUAUGGUAAAGAAAUCGAUGUUCUGCUGUAUAUUGACAGAAUUAUUUUUAUUAAAAUAUACAUUCAUGUGCAAGACCUAGCGUGGAGCCA